ACAGUAAUUCCAUGCAACUUUUUCUAUUUCCCAUUUCUCGUUCUGUGUUUUCAUUUCACUCUUUAAACCAGAGCUUACUGAGUUUCAGAAAAGGAAAAGCCAAGCAAAACAAUGUCUAGGGUUUUCAGGGGCUAUAGGGCUCUUUUAGCACCAACUAAGUCUGCUGCCGCCGCCGCCGCCGCCGCCGCCGCGCCCUCAAAAUCCACCGCCACUAAGAAGUCGGCGGCCGCAGCAGUGAAGCCGAAGGACAAACCGGUAAGGGCAACUGGUAUAUUAAAGGCGGCACCAGUAUCACCUGCUUUGAGUGAGUUUCUCGGUGGAGUUCCAGAAGCUUCUCGUACUGAUGUUGUUAAGAAGAUAUGGGAUCAUAUCAAGCUUCACAAUCUUCAGAAUCCCACAAACAAGAAGGAGAUAUUUUGCGAUGAGAAACUGAAGACCAUAUUUGAUGGAAAAGAAAAAGUUGGUUUCCUGGAGAUAGGAAAGUUGCUAUCUCGCCAUUUUGUGAAAUCUGGUUAACUUGCAAUAUUGGACUUAUGGAUCUGUGGUCGGCACUUCUGCGGAGCAAGCUCUUAGCUGCUAAUCUUUCAUGUGCUUUUAUGUUGAUAUUUGGCUUUUUGUUUGAGAGCUGAACUCCUGUGAAUUGUAUUGCAAUUUAACAUCAGCAUGUUGUAAAAAUUGGCUAGGGAAAAAAGGAUUCGCACUUUAACAUCUAUGAUGAUAUCAGUUUCUUA